AUGGUCUCUACUCAAAAAGUUUUAGGUGCUUUGGCUCUCUCUUCGGUUGCAAUUUGCGGCGAAGCUCCCAUCUCCACUGAUUCUCCCGAUGAUUUUAAGUAUGUAGCUACUUUUGAGCCUGCUGGUAACUAUGAUGUUACUGGUACUGUUUCUUUCUCAGCAGCCCAGAACGGCUCGGUUCUUGUUUCUGUUGACUUACUGGGCUUGCCAUCUACAGGUGGCCCAUUCCCUUACCACGUCCACGAACAUCCUGUCCCAACUGAUGGAAACUGUACUGGAACAUUGGCUCACUUGAACCCAUUCGGUGGAAGUGUUAACGCUACCGAUGCUGCCGGUAAGGAAGUUGGUGACUUGGCAGGCAAGCACGGCAACAUUGAGGGACAAUCUGCUGAUCUCUCGUACGUCGACGACUACCUUUCCUUGAACCCAGACAAUAAGGCUUACAUCGGAGGCUUAUCUGUUGUAGUUCAUCUUUUGGACAACACCAGAAUCGCCUGUGCCAAUAUUACCAGAGAACCAGUCACUAGUGCUGAUGCCAACGUCACCAACACCACUUCCGUUGAGGCUCAAAACGCUGCAGGUUCCAACAUGGUUGCUGUUGGUUUGACCGGUAUGGUUGCUGCUGCUGUCUGUUUGCUUGUCUAA